AAGACGAAGAAGAAGGCGACCAUGUUGAUUUAAAGGAAGAAGAAACACAAUAGAGACGAUUUAUUUCAAGUAAAAUUCAGUUAUUAGAGCGACUUACAAAGAAAAAAACUGAUCAGCUGCGAACUGGAUAUCCCUUGUAAAAUAACAGACAAACUAAGGUGACAAGUUUGAGUUGUUGGCUGACUUUGAGGAGGCAGCGGGUUGAUCACGGCCACACUCAAACACUUCACACAGCGACCUGAAGACCUGAGGUGUCCACAGAGAGACGGUCGAACACCUGGAGCAGGAAGGAGACGCACACAGAGGACUCGACAGGGGUGGAAAGCUGUUUGGCUUUGGACUAGAUAACCCCUCGUAUGACUUGUGUUUUCAGGAUCCAUUUUCUUUUCACGCGUGGAGAAACAGACACCCACACAGUGGAAAUAAACAGAGCAUUACAGACUAUAUGAUUUUGGGGAAAGACUUGUACAAAGUUGGACAUCCUUUUUUCAAGGACAGGGAUAUUGAGCAACUCUGAUGGACUCGAAGUGGAAACAGGAAAUAUUGUUCCAUUUAGAAACAGAAGUUAAAGUAUUGAACUCAGAUUAAAUUGAAGAAGCUAUUCCCCAAGUUCAGAUUGCCUUAGUUGUUCUAUUUCAGGACUUAAACCGCUUUGAUACUUGUUCACAUAUAAUUUUUCUAUAUUGUGGGCAAGUAUAUUCAUGCAUUUGAAUGCAAAUUUCUCUUCAUUUUGAAGAGCUCUUGUGUAAAAAGGUGUUUUUUUGAUGUUCCUGUACGUCAGUCACUCUGUUGUUGAAGGGGACCGAACUGCACGUACAUGUGUAUAUGUAAAUACUACCAAUCCACUUCUGUUGUUAAAGCUUUGGACUUAAGAAUAAUAGAGAAUAUUGUUUGUUAAUGCUUUAUUAAACUUUUUUACUUUUGAAGAGAAUUUUUAAAAAGAAAAACCUAAGAGGCAAAAAUCUAAUACUUUGAAGAAAAAAAACAACAAAAGCAAGGAAAACAGGAAAAAUGGCAACGGCCAGAACAGAAAACGUCGGCCCAGUUGUCAUGGGACUGAACAAGCAGAACGGGCAGCUCAGAGCAGGACAGACCAAACCAGCUUCAGUCCAGCCAGCACCCACGACUCAAGGGAAAGCUCUGGGUGCUCUCCAGAAAGCAGGCGGCGCCCCCCAGGACGGAGGAGGCAUCAAGUUCGGAGAUGACUGGAAAAAGAGCCUAAAGCUCCCUCCCAAAGACAACAGGGUCAAAACCUCAGAUGUGACGUCCACCAAGGGGAAUGAAUUUGAAGAUUACUGUCUCAAACGAGAACUCCUGAUGGGCAUCUUUGAGAUGGGCUGGGAGAAACCAUCCCCCAUCCAGGAGGAGAGCAUUCCCAUCGCCCUGUCUGGACGGGAUAUUCUGGCCCGGGCUAAGAAUGGGACGGGGAAAAGUGGAGCUUAUCUGAUCCCACUGCUGGAGAGGAUAGACCUGAAGAAGGACCACAUACAGGCCAUCGUCAUGGUGCCCACCCGUGAGCUGGCGCUGCAGGUGAGCCAGAUCUGCAUCCAGAUCAGCAAACACCUGGGAGGAGUCAAAGUCAUGGCCACCACCGGGGGCACCAACCUGCGAGAUGACAUCAUGCGCCUGGACGAGACCGUGCAUGUGGUCAUCGCCACGCCUGGCAGGAUCCUGGACUUAAUAAAGAAGGGAGUGGCAAAGGUGGAUAGGGCCCAGAUGAUGGUGAUGGAUGAGGCGGAUAAGCUGCUGUCUCAGGACUUUGUGGUGCUCAUCGAGGACAUCAUCAGCUUCCUGGCCAAGAACAGGCAGAUCCUGCUCUACUCUGCAACCUUCCCCAUCAGCGUGCAAAAGUUCAUGGCCAAGCACCUUCAGAAACCCUAUGAGAUAAACCUGAUGGAGGAGCUGACUCUGAAGGGCAUUACUCAGUUCUACGCCUACGUCACUGAGAGGCAGAAAGUCCACUGUCUCAACACACUGUUCUCCAGGCUUCAGAUCAACCAGUCAAUCAUCUUCUGUAACUCCACUCAGAGGGUGGAGCUGUUGGCCAAGAAGAUCACUCAGCUGGGUUACUCCUGCUUCUACAUCCACGCCAAGAUGAUGCAGGAAUACAGAAACCGUGUGUUCCACGACUUCAGGAAUGGACUCUGCAGAAACCUCGUCUGCACAGAUCUCUUCACCAGAGGUAUCGACAUCCAGGCCGUCAACGUGGUCAUCAACUUCGACUUCCCCAAGAACGCGGAGACUUACCUCCAUCGUAUCGGAAGAUCAGGGAGGUUCGGUCACCUGGGCUUGGCCAUCAACCUGAUCACGUCAGAGGAUCGCUUCAACCUGAAGGCCAUCGAAGACCAGCUGGUGACCGACAUCAAGCCCAUUCCCGGCAGCAUCGACAAGAGCCUCUACGUGGCCGAAUACCACUCAUCCAGCGCCGACUGUGACGUGGAGGAGGUGGAGGAGAAACCAGGACGUCAACAGGAUAGCACCUAAACAGGACAUUAGGAAAACGGGCUUUUGCACAGACAUCAGCGCUUGCACAGUCUUCAGGCAACUCUUGAGUUUCACAUUUCUCCUCCUCGUUUUCAGAGCCUGACAAAUGGAUGUAAAGGCUGUUUUUUAUUUCUAAGUAUUUCCUUUCUUUUCCUCAGAGAGCUGCCUCUUUCUUUUUUAAAUGAACUGAGAAAGUUAAACUCUUGUUUUGCACCAAACUCGGUCGGGACUAUAAUAUGUUUUCCUCCUAAUAUAUAUGUUGUUAGACGUGGGUGUGAAUGAGCGUCAGAGCUGUGGUGAAGCGUCUUCCUGGGCGAGUGUGUUCAUCACCAGCAGCAGGGUUGGUCUGUUUUUAAUGUUACAAUGGUGCACUUAAAACCAGCCAUCGUUCUGUCCACUCACUGCUGUUGUCACUCAAGUGCCUUAUUCCUCCCAUGUUCACUCAUUCAGAGUCUGCUGUCUUCUGUCACGCAGCAGAGAACGAGCACAAACCAGAUGAACUAAAUAUUAAUCUGAUUUUAUUUAAACGUUACAUUAUGCAAAGGGAAACGGACGACAAACACACACACACACCACACACACUCCUGCUGAGAGGUGUGUAUGGGUGUGUGUGUGUGUCCAAACUUAAACUCCUCAAACAUCCUGAAUGUGAACGUUUAUUUUUAAUGUGAACGUUGCAAUAAAAAAAGGGCAGCUUUAUUUAAAUACUGCGUGACUGUUUUUCCCUUUCACUAUGAAUAAAACAUGAGCAGAGUUAAAAUGGGAAGACACGAGCCCUCGUACUGAGUCAUGGAUGUUAGCUUACAACCACACAGACGCCAUGGGAAUCGAACGGCUGUCGGCGGACGCUUGCCUGCAGACAGUCGCUGUUGUUUGAAGAUUCUCUUACGUAACAAAAAUCACAUUUGGCUGGUGAAACUGUAAAAUCCAUCAGCUUCUGGAGCUGGUGAUGAAAACCUGCGACGCUUCAAAACAGCUUCCAUCGCAACAUUUGCCGUUUCCUUGGCGACAGAUGAGCGAGUCUCAUCGUGUCAGGAGAAGAAGAUUCACAGGGUUUAUGUUGAAGUUGGUGCAAAACAAUAGUUUGAAUUUUCUGCCACUUUCUUUUCCUCCCACAUCUUAAUGUGGAAAUAUAAGGUUUAUAAAACAAGCUUUUCUUUUUUCUUUUUUUUUUUUUUUUUUUUUGCAAAUCCUGAGGUGAAAGUUUCUUUUCUUAAGCCCCAUCCUGACAGAAUAGAAGUUGGUGAAUGUAUCAGUUGCCAAUGUAAAGUCUGCAGCCCAGUGGUUGAACGCCGAGCUCUUAAGCAUAUUAGACAGUUGUCGUUUGUUUCGCUGCUGCUGCGUCAGAAACUCCAAACUGUUUUUAUCAAAUUAUAGAAAUAAAAAAACAAGAAAAGAAACGAUGUCAUGAAAUCUGCUCGCUCUGUAAACGACAACGUUCCCCUUCAAUUGAACUACGGUGAAAAUCAGAAGAAAUAUCAGUUUUCUUUCGGCAGCAGCAGCGAUAUCUUUUUUUUUUAUUUUAUUUUAUUUUAUUUUUUUGCCCCCCCCCCCCUCCCCCCCUCCCCGGCACAGCUUUGUUUCAUAAUGAUAAAAUGUGAGUUAUUUUGAGGGGCGGGAUCUGUUUGAAAGCAGAAUUGUAGCAUCUUUGAACAGGCAGCUGUGAGUUUUUUUUAUUUUUUUUUUUUUUUUUUCGUCCUCCCCGUACAGAGCGUCACUAAUGAUUUAAAAAAAACAAAAACAAAAAAAAAGACUUAAAAAAAAAGAUUAUUUUUGCUUUUUCAGAUUUAUUUUUGAUGUUGCUUAAAGCAGUUUGGCUCUGUGAGGCUUCAGCACUGGGAAACUUCUGGAGGAUUUUGGGUUAUUUUUGCAGAAGCCAAGUGUUUUUAUCAGACGCUCUCUGGGCGUCUCGAGUCUUUCCCUCUCUCUGGUUCUUAAAGCAGCGGCAGAAACUUUGAUUUAAAGUGGUUUUUCCCUCCAACACCUCGUUAGCUUGACGAUUGAAGUGCCAGAGAGACGCCGGGUUCUACAGGAGAGAGUUUGAAGGAAGCGUUGAAGCACUGUGAUCUUCUUGAACCUGUGACAGAUGAUCAAAGUGCUGUGAUUUGUUUUCAGCAGCUCAAUCCACCCCCACCCCCCCCCCCCCAGGGCAAUCUUUAUACGAGGUGUUAUGAAUCAUUUUGAGGAGACAAAAUUGUAAAUGAUUCAUUGUUUACACUAGUCGUUUACAGUUGUAAAAAAAAAAAAGAAAAAAAAAGAAAAUACUUUGCUUCACGGGUGGAGGAGGUCGAAUUAUUUUGUUUCCUUUUUUCCCUUGAAAUAGAUUUUCAGGAUUUACAUUGAAGCAAAACCAAAAAAGUGGUGUGCGUGUGCGCAUGAGGAAAGGUGUGUGUGUGUGUGUGUGUGUGUGUGUGUGUGUGUGUGAGAGGGAGGUUCAGGCAACUGUUUGAGGGGUGUGUGUCUUUAAGUGUCCGUGAGUGUGUGUGUGUGUGUGUGUGUGUGUGUGUGAGAGAGAGAGAGAGUGUGUGUGUGUGUGUGAGAGAGAGAGUGUGUGUGUGUGUGUGUGAGAGAGAGAGAGAGUGUGUGUGUGUGAGAGAGAGAGAGAGAGAGAGAGAGAGUGUGUGUGUGUGUGAGACAGGCUGUGUUGUUUAGAUUCUCUACGUUUACAUGCAGCUUCAGUGAAACUCACGUCUGGACUAAAAUCUCGUUUUUGAAAAAUCAGAUUUCAUUAGAGUUGCAGUCGACCUGGUUUCUCAUGAUGUGGCAGUUAAUCUGAAAUAAUAAUAAUUAUAAUAAUAAUAAAAGUGUCCUGUGAACAGUCUGUGGCUGCAUGUGAGCGUAGCAGUUGUACGUCAGGUCUCAGACUCGUCUUGUGUUUCUGUUGUACGACGUCUCGAACAUCAGUGUGAGAGUUCACGCUCGUCAGGGAUGAGAUUUUUGUCGUUUUUCUUUUUCCAUCUCUUUCCUCCUCCAGGAGUUUGUGGACAUGAAUUUCAUUUCCAAUGAGACAUUUCCCACUUUUCUGUCCUUGAUGUUUUGUUGUCCAUCACGUCUCUGACAGUCACUCCAGAAAGAAAAGAUUAGACAGAGAUUUAGAGCCAAACCUGUCGAGACCUGCUGGAAGUGAUUGUGGAUUUUUUUUUUUUUCCAAUGUUGACUUUUCAAAUGGGCUUUUAUUAUAUAUUAUAUUAGACGUCAGACUUUUGCCUGAUUGACUCGGAACACGCUCGACCCCGUAAAGAAAACUCCCCUUGAUGCAACUUCAGCUUUAUUUUAUUUCCUCCCAGCAGCUUCUGUCUCUUCUAACGUUUCACUCACCGAAGUAAUUGUUGAGAUCUCAGGAAGAGCUAAUGUUGCUUAAAAAAAGUUUAAGGAUCACAGUUGUAGUGAGAGAAAUGUUAAAACUGACGGAAUCGUUGGUCGGAGCAAAUGAAAUAAAACCAAUAAAAUGAGUUUGUUUAAUCUAAAUUAAACUUGUUGAUGGGGUGAACUCUCAGAAUGAGUCUGUGGUCACAAAGCAGAUUCUGAUCAAUGCAGUUAUGAAUGUUGAGUGACUCAGUUGGUUUUGUCAUUGUGUGUGUGUGUGUGUGCGUGUGUGUGUGUGUGUGUGUGUGUGUGUGUGUGCACGCUGACCUGUCAGGUCCGUCGUGCUCACGGGGGGAGGGAGGGAUAUUUGUCAGAAACUUGUUUAAAAGAGUAAAAAAAAAAAAAAAAAGAAGAUAAGUGAGGAGUCGGGUACAGAACAGCAGUUCUAUCGUUUCUCCUUCGAGCUCUGCAAAUUCUUAAUUGGCGAAAUUCAAAAACUAAAUUAAAUAUUAUAAAUGUCUGAAUUGCCAGUAACAUCUAAAUUGAAUUGCUGCACUGACUGAAACUCGCCCACGCUCCAUUUGAGCCAAAUGUAAGGAUGAGCUCAGCAGAUUGAUGUAAACGGAGGAUCCGGUCGCAGCAGCUCGUCGCUGCAUCACUCAGAACACAGUGAUGUCCCGACUCUGAAUCAGCUCAAGUGUUAUGGUUUGAAUUCAGCUGAGGAUAUUACAGCAGUAUUUCUCUAGAACAGGGAUAGAAAGGAGUUUUCAUACAGAAUGACUCUGAAUUGGCAUGAAAAAAAAAAAAAAUGUUGGUUAAACUUAAAACUUUCUUUUCAACAAAACCCUUCUGUAGUCAGUAUUUCAGUUGUCUUGUUUGUACUUGUUGGUUCCUCGGUGACCCCGCAUCAUUUUGGACUUGAAAUUCAAUCGAGCCUAGAACCAGACUCCAUGAUGUUUUGGGAAUUGAUAACUUCCUGCGUCAUUGUCCCAUAAUUUUUCUCUAUUGUGCCAUUAGGUUAAAAAACUCAGAAAAGAUUUUGAUUGGGUGGAACUGCAAAAAUGUUUUUUUGUUCCCUGUUUCCUUAUGAAAAUGUGGCACAAGGUGUUUCAGCAACCUGUGUUCAUCACUCUGUCCUCGACUGAAAUACAUGCAGGGCUGUAAAACUCAAUAAAUUGAACAGAAAUUAA